AUGUUCGCGCUGCAAGCAAAAACAGCCCUCGCCGGGCGGACCGCAUGCGCUGCGACGGCCGCGUGCAUCGCGGUCCCGCGGCGGCUGUUUGCCAUGCAAGACAAGAAGUGUGAUGAAUGCCAUCCUCGCUGCAGUGACUGCCGUCGGCUGAAUCUGUCCUGUCAGUGGCCUGUACAUGCUGCUCAAACUGACAGCAUUCGGUUGGAAUUGGUUGAAACCCCUAGUCCUCCAUCAUCUCCGACGAUUGCGGGGGAUGACUAUUCCACAGGCGAUCACGAUGCCGAUCUGUCUACUCCCAGCCCCACAACCCCCUUAAACGACGAAGAAUUUAUUGCCACGCUAUUUCCGCACCCUUUGCCUAGAAUACGCCCAGUGAACCCACCAUUGGGUCGGUGUUUUUUGAGUGCAAAUUCCCACUUACAGACGGAAGAAGAUAAAUCUCUGUUCAAUCAUUAUGUCCAUGUUGUUUCUAGGGCGCUUUGCCGCUCUGGCGAUACAGAGCGGAAUCCGUUUCUCAUCACACUUUUGCCCCUGGCAGCACAGUCCGCUGCCGUAACGAGUGUUAUCUUGAGUUUGAGUGGCUGCCAUUGGAAAAGGGUCUACCCUGACAUUUGGGGGCGUGCCUUGAAACGACAGGGUCAAGCAAUCACUCAGGUGAACGAGCUACUCGGGAGCUCAGAUACCCGAUCUGUCUUUGAGGCAUGUGUCACGGUUCUUCUGCUUUGUUUGACUGAGCUGUUCGAUGGUACAUCUCGGGUUUGGAAAUGGCACUUGAAAGCAGCUAGUGCAAUCUUGAAGUCACGCACCCUCUCAGCUAUUGCCUCCGAUGAGUGGGGGUUCUGCAUUAGUCUGUUCCACUAUCUCGACUCCAUGUCGACUAUCUCGCGUUGCAAAGCGCCUUUAUUACAAACCGGCGAUAGUAGCAUUGAAUUGCUACCACCACUUCGCCGGAACAGUUCGCCUGACCUCGGCCAUGGCGUUUCAACAGAUGCUGUAUAUGGAAUCACACCCGCUCUCUUGGAUCUAUUGGGGAUGGUGAAUGUAUUAGCCAAUCACCGCAGCCGACGAGUUGACGAGCUGUCUGAAAUUGGCUUCCGGGCGACAGCGAGGCAUAUUGAAGAUCAAAUUGAUGAAUGGAGGACGACCUAUGAUCAGGAUACUAUUUCCUCAGAUACCCCGUCCGAUGCCGAUCAUGCCGCGACUGCUUUCGAAUGGGCCAUUCGACUUCGGCUCCAUCAAAUCGUCGAGGGAUACGAUGUCACGCACGAAUUUGUCGCGCGCUCGGUUACAAACAUCCUCGACAGUGUCCAGGGAGUACCCUACGCAAGCAGACUCGAGGGUUGUCUUCUUUUCCCUCUGGUGAUCGCAGGGUCAAGUAGUAUCGUUAUCGAACGACGAAUGGUAGUCAAAGAGCGAUUGAUGGUUAUGGAGAGCACCCUCGGUUUUGGUCACAUCCACCAUGCACGUCAAUUGCUGGAAAAUGUGUGGGAAGGGGGUACGGACAAUACUAACUUGAAUUGGGCUGCAUUGCGGUAUAGCCGGUUUCCCGGUGUUGUAUUCAUUUAG